AUGCAUAAAAAACCAUGAAAAAUGUUGCAAAAUAUAUUUUUCUACCGCCAAAUUAGAAGCAACACCCGACAUAGUUAUUAAUUAAUUAAUUUAUAUUUUCACCGCAUUUAACCAACUUCCAAAAUGAAGGACGACGAUGAGGAGGAAGAAAACACCUUCGGUGUGACGCGUUACCCUUGCAUGCCAUCUCUAGUCGCGCUACAGCAGAUGAGAAACCGUCUCCACCUGGCGUUCCUUGGCAGAAAACUGAUGAAAUGGACCAUGCUGGCUUCGGGCAGGGAACUGAGACGGCUCGCUGGCGAAUUGGAUGGUCUGUACAAGGGUUUUGCUGACGACCUCAGCAAUGCGUUCAUACUGCUAGCCCGUUGUCGAUAUUUCUACCCGCAUCUAAACCAAAUGGUGAUAGAGGAUGUUCCUAAAAAGGCCGGAGUGAUAGUCAUACCGUCUACGAAGGCUGUGUCUGGUGUAAAAGUUGUUCUUCACGAUAUAAUGGAGACGGAAGCGAAACCAUACGUUCACUUGGGGAUAGAAAAGGGUGGUCAAACGAUACUGGAGACGAAGAAAGCCUGGCUGGAACUGCUUAAGCGACUCAUUAUGAUGAUGUCAGUACGAUCCAACUUCAUCAUGGUGGAACUGUCGAACAAGGCUGCUACCAAGAGAUUGAACGUAUUGAAGAAAAUUGUCAUUCCAAGAACUAAUGUGACUGUUGGAUAUAUUCUUUCUGAACUCGAAGAAAUGGAUAGAGAAGAAUUUCAUAGGUUGAAAAAAGUUAAAGAAAAAAAGAAAGGAAAAGCUGCACAGCCAGAGCAAAUUGAAGAAAAAAUCGACCAGAUAAAGGAGUGUUGUUUAAGAAUAGAAAAGAAAAAGGAAAUUAAACCUAUGGUUGUACCAGCUCCACCAAAAUUAAAAGAAAUUUUAAAGGAGCCGGAUAUAAGUGAAAUUUCUUUGCUAUCUGAAGUUCCACCAGGAACUUUGACUGAUGGAGAAAAAGUGGACACAGUAAAUUUGAAACUGGAGUUUCUUAAAAAUCACAUCAACGAAUUGAUAGCAUUAGGGGAGACCUUUAUUCAGACUGGGAUAGAUAUUAUAGAUGUUGAAGAAUUUAUAAAACUUUGUGAGAAAGCUAAAACAAAUAUUGAGCAACUUUUCGAGGACACAGAUGAAAAACGUGACAUUGAAAAUAGAUUCGAUAAAUUCAAGGAACAUGUACGCGAAAUAGUUAUAAUCGGGAGUGACAUAAAAAACCAAAUUCCUUUAGAACCUAAUGUUGAAAGUGUUAUACGAGUUUGUAAAGAACUAGAUACUCAACUAAACCCAAUAGAAGAAAAAACUGCAGCGGGUAGAUCUCGAUUAGAGGAAUUAAGUAGUCAAAUCGAUCACGUAGUCCAAAUAACUAAAGAAUAUAAAAAACAAGGCUUACUUUCUUCGAGUGCGGAAGCCUUUUUAAAUUCGUGUGAUAUUUUAAAAAGAAAAAUAAAAGAAUAUUCUCAGCAAGAAGCUAAAUCUGAUAAACUGAAUAAUCUAAAAGAACACAUAACCGAUUUAAAUAAACUUACAGAGGAAGUUAGGAAAGGAGGUUUAGAAACGAAAGAAAUAGACAAUUUUUCGAAAGCUUGCAAGCAAUUUAAAGGGAAAUUAGAUAAUAAAGAUGAUCAUAAAACAGAAGAAAGGAACAUAGCAUUAAAUACUUUAUUAGAACAAAUCGAUGAAACAAUCGGUUUAAGCAUUAAGGCAAAAGAUGUAGGUCUCAUUGGCGACAGUAUAGAGGAUUUUGUUAAAUCAUCUGAGAAACUUAAAAAACAAAUUGUACCUAAAAAAGAUUCUAAACCAAAUGUUCUUAGUCAACUUAAAUGUAACAUAAGUCAUGUUAUGGGAAUAAUUGAAGAUUAUAAGAACCAGGGAUUAAUAACAGAAAGCGUAGAAGAUUUCAUAAGAACUUGUGAAAUGACUAAAAAUAAAAUUGAGCGAUAUGAAGUUCAAUCUUUUGAGCCAGUUAAAAGCGAAAUUCUUGAAGCACCAUGUUCAGGUCGAUGUUUAAUUUGUGAUGAACCAUCAGCAACCGCUAUAUUAGCAUCUGAGAAAGAAACGGAAGAUGUGAGUGAAUUAAGAUCUCAAAUGCCAUGUGAUUCAUGUCAAGAUGAACUCCAGGAAGUUAAGCCACCAUCAGAAUUCGAUUUAUGUAAUACAUGCUCUGAUAUAAAUGACGUUCCUGAUGGUAAUAAUUCAAUGGAAAGUCAAGUAACCCCACAGGGGGAAAGUUAUUGUGACAUAUGUAAAAACUUUGUAACAGGCAGCCAUACUCAUAGCGAAACUGUUCCUGAACAAGACAACGCCUCUUUAGGUUAUUACGAGAAGAAAAUACGGAAAAUUACAAAAGUAACAAGAACACAGAACAACGACGGUACAAUAACAGAAGAAAAAGAAACAAUUUCUAUCAAAAAGAUUAAACGUGAUCCAACUGAAACUUCGUUAGAUGAUAACGAAGAAGAUGAUGAUGAUGACUAUAAUGAUACAUCAUCAGAUUCAUUUAACGAUGAAAAACAAGUUGCUUUGUGCACGAUAAGAAAUCAAAAUCAGCGAGGUUUUAUAGGUAGUCGAAAAACUAAAUCAGAAGCUGGUCUCCGACCUUCUCCAUUAGUUUUAGCAGGGUUAAGGAGUUGUAUUUCUGUCGGCAGUAUUUGUAUCAAUGGUGAAUAUCUUAAUUCACAGGCUAUUAUCAGCCAUGACUCAGUACUGAAGUAUAACGUAUUAUCAAAAUUGGUAAUACCCCGAGUAAGACUAAGUGAGAAGUACAUCACGUCUGAAUUAGAGGAAAUGGAGAGAGAGGACAACUUUCGCUUAAAGCGUUUUAAAGAACUAAAGAUAAAGAAGGCCGGGGGUGAUGAUAAACAAAAAGUUCCAGUCUGUUCUAUAUGCAAAUCACAAAUUGAACCAAGCGAUAUUUGUGGUUUAUGUAAAAAAUGCGCUAAACCCAAAGAGCCAAAGCCAACUGUAUGUCCUUUAUGUGAAAAGGGUGAUAAAGAUAAGCCACCGAAAGCGAAAAUACCCAAGAAAGAAGCCAGUAAACAAGAAAUUGCUCUACCAAAGAAGGUAUCUGAAAAAGAGGUCAGUAAACCAGAAGAUGUUCCACCAAAGCAAGAGCCUGUAACUGCCACAGAUGAAGAGUGUAGCUGUCUCAAAAAUGCAGAAGGUGAUGUUCUUCAGCUAUUAUGUGCUAGCUGUCAGAAGAGGAUAUUAAUGCAAAAUGAAUGCUCUUGCUUAAAAAAAGAAGAAGAGGAAAUGCCAAUUGUAAAAGUAUGUUCCUGUCCAGAUGUAGAAACUGAAGAUGAAAAUGAGCAGCAACGCUCCGAAAUUAAAAUCCAAGAUGAAUGUCCCAAUAAAAAAUUAGAAGAGAAAGAUCCGUGUCAGGGACAAGCCACCUUAGUGCAAAACGUAUGCUCCUGUGAUCAAAUGCAAAGGAAAGAUAAUGCGGAAAUACCUGAAAUAAUGAAACAAGAUGACUCUGUAAAAAAGAAAACGCAACGUCAUGUGUCAACCCAGAAGGAUUGUUCUUGUGAUAUUCAACGAUCAGAAAUUGUAAUUCAAGAUGAACGCUCACGAGGAACUGUAGGAAAUAAAUGUCAAAAGCAACCGCAAAAUGUUUGUUCCUGUGAAACAAUGAAUAUGGGAGAUAUUAAACAGUCUCCGUCACGGGCAAUUUCAAUUAAAAAAGAAUGUUCCUGUGAAAAAAUUAGUGCGAAUGAACAACAGCAAAAAAUUUUCAUAAAUAAACUUGUGUUGGAGAAAGUAUGUUUAUGUGAAAACCCUGAUAAAGCUACUGAAGACGUUGGCGCUAGUUUAAAAAAAAUAAAUAUGACAGAUUUAUGUAAAGAAAUCGAUUGGGAAAAAAUUAAUAAAUUAAAAGACAUUUACCUCAGUAAAAACCAAAAAGAAGAGUGUAGCUGCGGUAAAAAUACUCAAAUAAACCAAGAUAAUAUAUGUAAGGAGUGUUUGAAUAAAAAACAAAAAGAUGUAUCUAAGGAUACAUGUUCAAUAUGUGAAAAAGAUCUGAAAAAGAAAAAACAAUGUGUAUGCAAUCAUAGCUUAGCUUGCCUUACAAACGUUUCAGGAAAAUCAUCGAAGAAUUCUUUAUGCUCAAACUGUAGGAAAGAAGCGGUUGAUCUAAAAUGCAGUAAAUCAGAUCCUGGUGUUAAAACAAAUCGUCAAGUUUGCAACCAAUGUCAAAAAGAGGGAAUUAAGCCAGCAACUAUAAACAAACAAGACCUGCGCGCAGUUUGUUCAACUUGUGAAAGCAAAAAUGAUAAAAUUUGGACUAAUCAGAACAUUGGAAAGGCUAGUGAAAAUAUUUGCGAAACGUGUAAAAAGGAAUGUGAUACACAAAAUCGCACGACUCCGUACAGUACAAAUCCGUCAAAUAAUGAAUUAGAUAGUAACUCUACAUUAUAUUCUCAAAUGAAUGAUGAUUUGCUGAAAGCAUCCUCUCAUAUUAAUGAAGUAAUUUCUAUUACAUCUAAGUAUAAAUCUUCAAAUAGUGUUGAAAAGUUGGUAGGCGCGUGCAAAGAGGUUAAAUCUAAAAUUGAUGAAUUAUCGCUUAAGAAAUCAAAGUCUAACGUAGGUUCUAAAUGUUCAUGUAAAAAUUUGCAAGAAAAAGAUGUGAAAACGUCCGUUGCGGAUGAUUCUGAGGAUCUAGGAGUAUAUGUUACAAAGUUUCAGAAAAUUGUUACCGUUAAAAGAUAUCAAAACGACGAUGGAACUAUUAAAGAAGAAAAAAGAGUCGUGACUGUAACUACUCAAUCGAAAAAUCCUAGUACUAAUGCCAUUUUAGAUGAUCGUAAAACCAAAAAGCAGGCUUCUGUAUCACCCGCCACGAGCAGUAUUAAGCAGAAAGUUUCAACUAGUUCGACACCGUCAGGAAAAGUAUUGAAAAUAACUUUACCACCAAAACAAAAGGCAAGCAACACAACAGUGUUUUCUACAGAUGUAUCAAUAAAUUCGUAUACGUCUUGUAAUAUGACUGACAAUCGAAGCAUGGAAACCAAAUCAUCUGAACAAAUUGAAUGCAGUAAUUUGGGACAGCGAGAGCCAAGCCAGGAAUCAGAUAAAUGUCAAUGCAAGAGCAAAUCACCCGAAUCACCCGCCACCAGAUCUGUUUCCGAAACUUGUUCUAUAAAUACAAAACCUUCAAACAAAUGUUGCACACAUCAUAAUGAUCCAAGUGCGUCAAAGAGUUGCUGUACCAUAAAAAUUGUUCCAAAAAAUAAAGCCAAUUUGGACAAAAAAGUUGAAUUAGCCAAUAACUGUUUAGAACUACUAAAGAAGAUUCUUUUGGAAUCCGAUCCAACUAGCGUGUCUCCUUCUGCAAAGACUGAAUCUGAUUCAUGUUCCUGCAAUUUACAAAAGAGCGCGAAAUCUACUGUUCAAAGUACGAAUGUAUGUAGCCGCUGUUCUAGUAAAAAUAAAAUUGAAACUAAAAACGACAAACCAUGUUGCAACAAAAAAGAAGUUGACAAAUCCAAAGAUUGUUGCCAUGCUGUUUCUAAUCCAAAAAGAAUAAGUAGUGAAAACCAGUGCAGUUGUAAAGGAAAUCUAACUCAGCAAUCUUCAUUAAUGUCUCCUUCAGCUUCUAAUUCGACGUUAAAUAAAAACAAUUGUUGUAAGGCUCCAAAUUCUAAUAGGGAAAUUAAAUCACCUCAAGAAUCAUCGUGUACUUGUAGAAAGGAAGAAGAAAAUCAGAAUAAAAAUAAAUGUAUUUGUAAACAAUCAUCCAAAUUGUCUAAAAAAGAUAACCCACCUAUCUCGUUCAAACCACCUUGUAGCUGCAAAACAAGUGAAAGCCCGAAAGCUAUGCCAUCUGUUUGUUCAAUGUGCAGAUCUAAAAUGAACACCAAAACUCCAAAAUCUUCGUGCUCUUGUUUACUAGCUAAUGAAUCAAAUAAUAUAUCCAAUUAUUCAUCUGAAACUGAAUGUUGUCCCAACAAAAUCACACCCUCCUGUCCGUCUUGUAGUUCUAAAUCUAAAGAAUCUACUAGAAAAUGUAAUCACCAAUCAGGAAAUGUUCAUCAAGCAUGGUAUUUCUCAACCUCUAUACCUACUCCGCACUAUCAGCCACCUAUAGAUAAAAAUGAUGAACAAUUAUCGAAAUAUUCAAUGUGCAGUCUUCAGUCACAAUGUAAUGACACGCCUGAAUUCAGCCGGAGCUCGAAUAACUCGUAUUAUUUUGACAAUAAAGUACUUUCAAUGAGUGAAUUAUCAAGAGAAUCACAAAUAACUUUCCAAAUAUUUAAAUCUGAACAGAACUGUUGUAUCGCAUCUUCGUCUUCAAUACCUUUCUAUAAAAAGCCACAAACAAUAGCAUUUUGUCCUUCCUGCGGUUCUAAGCCGAAUACCACCAAGUUAUGUUGUAAUGGUAAUGUCGAACGGGAUAAUAAUAAAAGUAAAAGUCAGUUCACUGGAUCAUGUACUACACCAAAGCCUUCAAAAGAUAAGAUUAAAGUAGAAUGUUCUGAAUCGUCUCCUUCAUUAAAAUCUUGUUGUAAUCAAACCGAUAUUAAUCAAUGUUGUUCUAGGAAAGAGAUAUCAUACUGCCCAUUAUGCAAAUCCAAAAUAAAAGCGUCUCCUUGUUGCACCAAGCAGCCACAAACAGUAUCUUCUGCUACAUCUACGUGUAUACAAAAAUCUAAAACUUGCAGUUGUAGUAAAGAUAAAUCAGACGCUUCUAAACGUGUUUCUCCGAUACCAUCUAAACCUCCUUGUAACUGUCAAAAGAAAAAAGAAUUAGAACAAAAAUGUUGCAGUCAACCGAAAAUUGAACAAGAAUGUUGUGCAUUGGCUCCCUCACAAAAAUCUUGUUGUAAUCAAACUGCUAAUAGUUCCAAGCCUCAACUAAAACAAUCAUCUUGUAGUUGUAAAAGUAAUAAAUCGAAUAUUGGGCAAAAUAAAAUAGUUGGUAUAAAAACUGCAUCUAUUACCAAAUCCGGUUGUCAUAGUGAUAAUGCUAACGAGAAAGCUGGGCAGUGUUGUAAAAAAUUAGCAAAUAAUACACAGAAAUGUUGUUCUUCAGCUAAAGAACCUGUUAUAUCCUGCUGUAAAAAGCCUGAAAAUGAUACUUGUCCUAUGCAAAGUAAGUUUAAUUGUCCAAUUUGUAGUUCUCGAGUGAAAGCGAAUGAGUCUUCUUGCACUUGUAAAAGCAAAGAUAAAGAAGAAUCUAAUUUAAAUAAAAAUAUUACAACGACAGCCGUAUGUUGUGGUGUAAAGCAACAGGAACAAAGUCAAGAGUGCUGUAAAACACCAGAUGAUAAGAAAGAGAAAAAUAUUAAGUCCUGUUGUGAUAAAACAGAGAAGGAUAAUAGCUUUAAAUCAAAUUGUCCUAUAUGUUCAAAACCAAAACCACCGUCCUGUACCUGCGCUAAUAAAACUUCAAAUCUCAAUAAAGAAGCUCCAAAAGAAUCAAAACCAGAUAAUAAUAAAUGCUCUUGCAACUCAGCAAAAACUGCUACUCCAGAUCCUUGCUGUAAAGAGCCAAAAAGCGAAUGUUGUCCUCAAGAAAAUUCUAAUAGCUGCCAGAUUUGUAGUGAUAAAAAACAAGCAGAAGAACCUUCCUGUAAAUGCGGCAAUAAAUCUAAAACAAAACAAGAGAACAGCUGUUCCAAAUGUGGUUCAGAAUUGAAGACAAAGCCUCCAUCGUGUAUUUGUAAAAAAGAUACAGACAAAUCUAAAGAGUGUUGUAAAGAACCAGAGAAGAGUAAAGACGAAUCUUGUCCAAUUUGCAGCUCAAAAAACAAACAGCCAAAACGAUGUUCAUCUUGUGGUUCUGAAAUACAACCUAAACCAUCUUGUUCAUGUGCAGAAAAUACUAAGAAACCAGAAACGUCAAAACCGUGCUGUCAACAACAAAACGAAAAUAAGCCUUGCUGCAACAAGGAGAAAGAAAAACAAUCGCAAAAGACUUGUACCUGUUCAUCCAUAAACGCACCUCCACAACCUAAAAGUGAACCAGAGAAUAAAUGUACUUGUACAUCUAAAUCUAAUGUAACCAAACCUGAUUCUGCUACUAAAGAUAAAACAAAAGCAACGAGUAUUGAUAAAAAAGAAGACACACCUGAACAAUGUCCUGUAUGUGCGAAAAACAAAUCGAAAUGCAAUUGCAAAGAGAAAUCAGACUCUAACCUGACCAAGAAGAGCGAUCCAUGUCCACCAUGCUGCCCUUCCACGCAAAAGAUCAAACCAUGCCCAAAGUGUGGCUCACAAAAAGAGAAUAAACAAAAAGUGGAACGCAUAAAAUCGUGCUGUUGUUGCCCUUCGAAAGAUAUAUCAAAAACGCGCCAGAAAAACUCAAAAGUCAGCGUGCGAACAAUACCAUCUCAAGAUUGUGGUAUAUGCGGACCAAAGACUAAAAACGCAGAGACGUCCACGCGCAGAUCAGAUCGGUAUGAUGUGAGGAAUUUGGAGAUGAUGAAGCAACCUCAAUCUCCUAAGAAGAUGUGUACUUGUUCUUCAGAGUCGUACAUCAGUUUGGAAAGCUGGUGUCCGCAAAUGCCAGCUAGGGCUAGUUCAUAUCACGGUCGGUGUUUUCAUUAAUUCAUAAAAUAAAACUAACUUUGAAAAACGGCUUUGUUUCUAAUCCAAUAGGUAGAUUUCGCAUAGAAUGAUAAUAAUUUCCUUAGCAUAAAUGCAACUAUA